AGUUAAAGCAAAAGAGAUAUAAUUGAGAAAGAGAAAGCUGAGAGUGAGAGUGUAAUGAAAAAAGAGGAGACUGGAGAGGAGAGAAGAGGAUGAAGUGGAAUCGGGUCGACCCGGUAAAGGAAAUGGGUGGUUUUGGCGGACGGGUCGGCGCCGUGUGGGUUCUGUUGCUGCUGAUCUUCUCUUCAUCUUUCUGUUGGGGUUCUGAGGACAAAGUUACAGUGUCUGUAUAUUACGAAUCUCUCUGCCCAUUCUGUGCAAAUUUCGUAGUUUACCAUUUGGUGAAGCUUUUCCAGAACGGCCUCAUCUCCACCGUCCAUCUCCGGAUGAUCCCUUGGGGCAACGCCUGGAUCCGCCCCGACGACGGCGCCUUCCUCUGCCAGCAUGGACCUGAUGAAUGCAUGUUGAACAGCAUUGAAGCUUGCACAAUUUCAAUUUACCCUGAUACAGAAAAGCAUUUCAGAUUCAUCCAUUGUGUUGAAGGAUUUACAGUGCAAAAUAGACACAAUGAAUGGACCAAGUGUUUUGACAUUGCCAAGUUGAGUACUGUGCCAAUAGAUUGCUACAGAAAUGGCCAUGGAAAAGUGCUUGAACAGAACUAUGCUUCUGAAACCACUCGCCUCAACCCACCUCACCGAUUUGUUCCAUGGGUCAUUGUCAAUGAUCACCCUCUCCAAGAGGACUACCUAAACUUCAUGGCCUACAUCUGCAAGGCUUACAAAGGCAGUCCUGCACCAGAUGCUUGCAGGGCUAUAUUGCUCGACGACCGCCAGUACCUGGAGAAUGUCGAUGGUGGAAGUCAAGUCUGUUAUGCAACUGCAACGCGAAACUCGACAUCUUAAAUACUGGCUAGGAGAGAUCUCAAGAUCAGACAAGCCAGAAAAUUAGAUGCUACAGUCAAUGGAGAAGUUCCAUUUACAAAAUGACAGUAGUAGAUGAUAAUUUCAGAACGUAUCAAUUUCAGUUGCAGAGUUACAAUGAGGUAGUGCUAAUGUUUUUGUGUUGAUGAUAUAUCGGCUUUGCUCAGACAGCAUAAAGUUUGGAACUUAGUUAAAACUCUCACUGUCUCAUCUUGUCCUUUCACACGAAAAGUAACACAAGUAUAACUCUAUCUACAAAACAAAUCUACACUAUUUUACAUACCAGAGAUUGGAAUAAAAUUUGGGUUUAAGUUUCA